AUGGGACUGUACGACGACUUGCCCGACGCGAAACCGCGCGCGACGACGGCAUCGACGGCGCGUGACGGAGACGCGAGCGAUGAUGCGUCGAUUCGCGACGCGAAACGGGCGAAGCGAGCGACGGGAGACGCGGGAGAGAGGAGCGAAGACGCGCAAAAAGUGCAGCUCAGGGACGACGCGACGGUGGCGGCGCCGUCGAAAGCGGCGACGACGAAGGACGCGCUGCAGAGGAUCGCGCAACACUUGCUAAAGCCAGAGAAAUUCGUGAAAGCGUCGGGAUUGCUGAAGAAGUUGUUGAUGUCGGAGGCGUGCGACCGGGGCGACGCCAAGGCGUUGUUCGCGUGCCUGGAAAACGCGAUGACGCCCACGCCCAAGGCGCGCGCGCUGCGGGCGGAGACUCGAUUGGAUUACGAAGAGUUGUUUGAAAUUGUCGCCGCGUUCUCUCCGCUUAUUUUCAACGCGAAACAAAAGAGAAAGCUGGAGGUCUGGUCGACGUAUGCCAGAAGAAUCAACGCGUUGCGAACGGAUGAUUCGUUCGAGUUCACGAAGGCGGUGAAAGCGAUUCAGGAAGUCGUGGAUCGGGUGGAUAGUUACGUUGAGCCGCCGGGUGUCAUAGAAGAUGACGACAUCGAGAUUCCCCCUGCACCCGAGGGCGCGAGCGAGGAGGAAGCUAUGGAGAUGGCGACGCAGUACGCGCGCUCAAUCAAAGCGGAGCGAGCGGCUGAAAUCGAGCAGUUGGCCGUCGUCGACGAAUUACGCGAAGCUCUCAUCGAUGCGCUCGAGUUUACGUCGUCGCUUUACGGAAGAACUUGGUCGCAAACAACGAUUGAUAUGAUGUCUAACUUUUUUCACGAGCGUCGACCAAAAUUUUCGCCGACGAGCCAGGAAAGAAUAGUCAAAAUUUGGGACGAUUUACGCAAAAAGAAGCACGCUCGCAGUUUGACGAGUGCUGGUGAUAAAGUGAGUAUGACGUCAUUCGAGCGCGAUCAAGCCCGUGCGGCGGGGUCGCAAGUUUCCGCUCGCGGCUCCGUCGGCGCCGAAAACGUCAAGGACGGUCGCGGCGAGAGCGCGGCAAAAAUGUUGGGAUGA